CACCCUCAGAUAAUAAUAAAACGGCGGCUCAGGCGCAGGGGAGGAGGCAGUGGAGCGAGACGGACGACACAAGCGCCACCGCCUCCCACCAGAAAGCGGCGCCAAGAAGAAAACCCUAAUCCCCGCGCGCGCCAGAUCCGGGACCCCCCAGCGAUGGCGGAGGCUCCAGCGGCGAGCCGCAGGGCGGAGGAGGCGGGCAGCCGGCGGCGGGCGGAGGAGGAGAUGGAGGCGGCGGCGGCGGCGGAGGGUGAGGAGGGGGACAGCAGCGACUACACGUCGGAGGAUGAGGGCACGGAGGACUACCGCCGCGGCGGGUACCACGCCGUCCGCGCCGGCGACUCGUUCAAGCACGGCGCCUACGUCGUGCAGUCCAAGCUCGGCUGGGGGCACUUCUCCACCGUCUGGCUCGCCUGGGACACGGCCCACUCCAGGUAUGUGGCUCUGAAGGUGCAGAAGAGCGCACAACACUACACAGAGGCUGCCAUGGAUGAGAUCAAGAUCUUGAGGCAGAUUGCUGAUGGUGACCCUGAUGACUCCCGGUGUGUUGUUAAGCUUCUUGACCACUUCAAACAUGCAGGCCCUAACGGGAGCCAUGUGUGCAUGGUGUUUGAAUUUCUUGGCGAUAACUUGCUCUCACUGAUAAAGUACACGGACUAUCGUGGAAUUCCACUUCCAAUGGUUAAGGAGAUAUGCCGACAUGUGCUCAUUGGUCUUGACUACCUCCACCGUGAGCUUUCCAUUAUUCACACAGACCUUAAGCCUGAGAAUAUAUUGCUCGUGUCCACUAUUGACCCCUCAAAGGACCCUCGGAAGUCAGGUGUACCACUGGUGAUGCCUGCUGCAAAGACUGACCAGCCACCUCCAAAAGCACCUGCAACAUCAGUGAACGGUGGUCUCACCAAGAGCCAAAAGAAGAAGAUUCGGAAGAAAGCCAAGCGUGCAGCGGCUUCAACUUCAGAAGGCAGUGGGGCAGCGGCAUCCGCUGACACAGACGAGUCAGAUGAUAGGGGAGAUCUGAGCACGGCAAAUGAGGGCAGUCCUAGCCAGGAUGGAGACAGGAAGAGAGGAACAGGAGGACAUAGGCGGGGUAGCAAAGGAACUAGGAAGAGGAUGGCGAUGCAAGCUGAUCUGAACUGUAAGCUGGUUGACUUUGGAAAUGCAUGUUGGACGUACAAACAGUUCACAAAUGAUAUCCAGACAAGGCAAUACAGAUGUCCUGAGGUGAUUCUGGGCUCCAAGUAUUCUACAUCUGCUGACCUGUGGUCCUUUGCAUGCAUAUGUUUUGAGCUUGCCUCGGGUGAUGUGCUAUUUGAUCCACAUAGUGGAGACAAUUUUGACAGGGAUGAGGUAUCCGUGCAGGACAGAUAUUGUGAAUCGCAGGAUCACCUUGCACUGAUGAUGGAGCUACUUGGGAUGAUGCCACGAAAGAUUGCCUUGGGUGGUCGAUACUCACGUGACUUCUUCAAUCGGUAUGGGGACUUGAGGCACAUUCGACGCUUGCGGUUCUGGCCUCUCAACAAGGUGCUUGUUGAGAAGUAUGAAUUCAGUGACAUCGAUGCGGCCGCCAUGGCAGAAUUUCUUGUUCCAAUACUGGAUUUUGUUCCUGAAAAGCGACCUACAGCUGCUCAGUUGCUUCAACAUCCAUGGUUUGAUGCUGGACCCCUUAGGCGGCAGCCCAAAAUUCUGCCAGAACCAGCAGAGAAUUCAGUUGAAGAUGCUCCAGAGAACCACCACAGGAAAGAGAAUGAUGAAAGAGAUGCUAUGGCUACUGAGUUGGGGAACAUCGCCAUAGAUGGUGCUUCUUCAUCCAAGACAGUGAAGAAUCUACAAGCAAGUUCGAAGCAAAGCAAAGCAAUUGCUAUGCCUUCUAAGAAGUGAGAUGCCAUUAAUUUUACAAGCCUUGCUCCAAGAAUUCCUUUUUGGUUAUGAUAUUGCCAUGAGUCGAAAAUGAAGUUCGUUAGGUUUGAGAUGUGUUAGGAUAGCUACCCAUGAAAUGAGUAGGCCAGAUAUUUGUUGUAUGAGGUUUGUUGGGCAAAGCUAGAUUUGUUGGGGUGGAAGAGGUCCCUAACCCUUUUCCCGGACAUAUUCUUUUGUACAAUCAGAAUUUCUAAAUAUUUGAAGUUUUUAGGAGUGA